AGAGUGGAGGAGUGGGGAAAGAGCAGGAAUCCAGGGACCAACUGCAGACCAGCGCAGAACGCAGAGAGGAUACAAACAGACUGGCAAAAUACACAUCCCCCCAAAAUCAAGGCUCCAGUCCCCUAAUAUCUUCCUCAGCACCCAGGAGCCCGAGUCCCCACCCCUUAUUCCAGCAGCCCCAUCAUGAUUACCUAGAAGGAGGCAGCCCACGUGAAGCAGGGCGGAAGGGCGGGGUGGAGGAAUCUGGAAUCCUGGCCAGGCUGGUAGCCGGGAUGCCUGGGGAUCAGCAGGGAAAACCAGCCCGACAGCAGGUCAGAGUGGCAGGAGCUGUCCUCGGUGUCGUAUCUCAGCACCGCAGGCUGCCAUGGAGAUCCCCAGGACCUUCCUGCUCGGCCUCCUCGGAAUUGGGCUCUACCUGACAGGCUCCCAGGCCCUACAGUGCUACAGCUUCGAGCACACCUACUUCGGACCCUUCGACCUCAGUGCCAUGACAUUCCCCAGUGUCUCCUGUCCUCAGGGGUGCUCUGAGGCGAUGUUGUUGCUGGAUACUGGGUACCGCUCCCUGGUGACAAUCGUCCGGAAAGGAUGCUGGACCGGCCCCACCACUGGCCCCAUGCAGUCCAACCAGGACGCGCUGCCGCCCGACUACGCCGUGGUCCGUGGCUGCGCAACGGACUUCUGCAACACCCAUCUCAAGAAUCACGACACCCUCCCCAACCUGAGUCAAGCACCUGACCCACCGACGCUCAGUGGCACCGAGUGCUAUGCCUGCUUGGGGACCCGCCCCGAAGACUGUUCCCCUGAGAGGUCCCGACGGGUCCAGUGCCACCAGGACCAGAGCGUCUGUUUCCAGGGCAAUGGCCGGAUGAACAUUGGCAACUUCUCAGUGCCCGUGUACAUCCGAACCUGCCACCGGCCUUCCUGCACCACCAUGGGCACCACCAGCCCCUGGACAUCCAUCGACCUGCAGGGCUACUGCUGCGAGGGUCACCUCUGCAACGGGGACUCGGUGACACAGACCGUCCCCGGCGUUGCGUCCCCAGCCCCUCCCCAGGCUCCCAGAAUCCUGAUCUUGCUGUUUGUUGCUCCACUACUGGCCAUCGCUCUGGGGGGGUCCCUUAGGCUCCCCGCAUAGAAAGCGCCUUCAGAAUCGCUUUGCUUCUCACCACUCCAGCCCCAAGUGUGGGUUCCCUUAAAAAUGACAUCAAAAAAAGAACCUCACUCCUCCCCCUCUCCAGUCACAGACUUCCCUCCCUCUAUCUAUCCUUCCUUACUGCCACUGCCCCCACCUCCUGAAGUCCCAUUUAUCUGGGAGCUAAUCAGAGCACUGAGUGAGGCCCCUCAAAAUCUAACCUGGCUUCAAUGCAUGGUUCUUUUGUGACACCUCACAGCCAAACCAUGCCACUCACCUUAAAAACACAUUUCUCACAAGGGUGGUGGUAAUCCCAGCACCCAAGAGACUGAGGCAGGAGGAUCACUGCUUUAAGGCCAAGCUGGACUACACUACAAGUUUAGGUCCAGCCUUGAUCUACACUGUGAGACCCUGGCAGGCGGUGGUGGGCACACAUCUUUAAUCCCAGCACUCGGAGGCAGAUGCAGGUGGAUCUUUGAGUUUGAGGUCAACCUUGUCUACCUAGUGAGUUCCAGGACAGCCAAGACUACAUAGUGAGACCCUGUUUCAAAAGAAAGAAAGAGAAAAGGGGGAAGGGAGGGAGGUAGAGAGACACAAACCCUACUUUUCAGUAUCUCUGAAACAGAAUUGACACCCUUACUAUAAUCCAGCAGUCCCACUCUCGGGUCCACCACCCCAACAGAAACUAGUCCACAUGGCCACAAACUGCAAACCACACAAAUAAAUACCAACAGCCAAAUGAGGAAUGAGAAGGCCAUGACCUCUCACUGAAAGGAAGGCUGGCUGCCCAGCAAUGGAAAUGACGGUGGACAGUUACCUGCAGUGGCCUUGGAAGAAUCUCACAAAGAUUGCGUUGAGCAAAACAGGAAAGACACACGAAAGAACAGGUCAUGUGACUCCAUUCAAAACAAAGUAUGGACGUUGGUUAAGAAAAUAACAGUGUGCUCAAUCAGAAGCCAGAAGAGUGGUUAUCUUUGGGGACAAGUGAGCAGAAGAGGAACAUGAGGUGUCUGGAGGUCUAGACAUUGAGGUACAGGCUCUGAGGACUCACUGGUUCUGCUUUGCUCUUUUCACUGAACCUCCUGCUGUUGUUUUGGGAAAAGGGCUCAUGUAGCCCAGGCUGGUCCCAAACUCAUUGUGUAGCCUAGAAUGACCCUGAAUUCCUGAUCCUCCCACCUGGACCUGCCAGACGCCAGGAUGACAGAGUCACGCCUUCACACCUGUCUCUUCUCCUCUUCCCACAUGUAUAUUAUUUGCAA